CUCGCCCCCGAUGGAGACCGAGGGGCUCCUCCGCGCCGACGCGCCCAGCCCGCAUCGCCAAGCCAGGAGGCCGCGGAGGAAAGCGCCCGGGCUGCCUUGCAGCCUCCCCGCCGAAGCCGCAGCCGGCGUGAUGUCGCCCGUCACCCAUUUAGCCCUGAAUAUGGACAAGCUGGCUGGCCUGGGAAGUGAUUGUGACACCCCGAAGAGGAAAAAGAAGCUGGGCAUGGCCUUGAAGAAGGAGUGGUCCUCUCAGGAUUCGAUGUCUUCUGAGUCUUCCCAGGAUUCGGUGACCUCGGAGUCUGCAGAUUCAGGUGUGGGCCUGAAUUCUCCCGUGGAGUCGGACACAGAGAGCUUUGAAGACAUAUUUGAGAACGCCGUGUUGGAAUCUCACAGAGCCCUCCGAAACAAAUCUUUUCCUAUCAGAAGGAUCCAGUCCUUGCCGGUGAGGCUUCUGGGUGCCAGCCCUACGCUGAGGAAUAUCUCAAACUCCAAGGAAUUCAAUAGCCCCGUGGCCUUCGAGAGAGACUCCGCGCUGAAAGGCAACGUGGAAAAUGAAGGUGCCAUCUUUAAGAAGCCCCUGCGACCUACAAGCAGAUUGUGCUGGUCAGCUGCUUCUGGCGAGAAGGACCCUUUUGCACCGAGGCCAAACUCUGCUCCUGACCUCAUGUACUGCAGCCCUCAGAAGGAGAACGUGGGUCCCAACUCCCAAAGCCCUGUCUACCUCCGCCGCUCAUCGCUCACCUCCUUCAUGGCUGACGGAGAUGACGACGGAUUCAUGGAAAUCCUCGACGAGGAGGACCUGAAGGGUGAUGCAAAUGUCCCAUUGGGCAUGAAAAACUUGCUGAUGGCUCCACUGGUGAGAAAGGAAGAUGAAUUGGAUCUGACCCCGGAGGGCACCGGAAAAUGCCGCCGCCUCUUCCGCUCUCCAUCCCUGCCGAGCAGUAUCAUCCGUCCCAUCCUGAAGCGUCUGGACCGGCCUCCGGACCGAGAGACGCCGGUGAGAACAAAGAGGCGGAAGAGCUUGGCUGGCAGCACCAUUGACGAGACGGCGGAAGAAGCAAAGCCACGUCUGGUUCGCUCCCGGUCCUGCUGCCCUGUUGAGAUUGCAAACAUCUUGGACAACGACCACAGGGAGCUGAUAGGAGACUUCUCCAAGGCUUAUGUUCUGCAAACCGUGGAAGGGAAGCAUCAGGAUCUCAAAUAUAUCUCUCCUGAAACGAUGGUGGCUGUGCUGAGCGGUCAGUUCAGCAACAUCAUUGAAAACUGCGUGAUCGUGGACUGCCGGUACCCGUACGAGUACAAAGGAGGGCACAUAAAGGGUGCUGUUAACCUUCCUCUGGAGAAAGACGUGGAGGAAUUUCUUCUCAAAACGCCGAUUGUGCCAUUUGAUUCUGCAAAGAGAGUGGUUGUGAUUUUCCACUGUGAGUUCUCCUCCGAGAGGGGCCCCAGGAUGUGCCGUUUUGUCCGGGAAAAAGACAGAGCGUGCAAUGAUUACCCUUCUCUGCACUAUCCUGAGUUGUACAUCUUGAAAGGAGGCUAUAAGGAAUUUUUCCCGCAAUAUCAAAUGCACUGUGAACCGCAGAACUACUGCCCGAUGCAUCACGAGGACCACAAGGAGGACCUGCGUACGUUUCGCCUGAAGAGCCGCACUUGGGCCGGGGAGAAGAGCAAGCGGGAGCUUUACAGCCGUCUCAACAACUGCUAGGAGGAGGAGGAGGAGGAAGAGGCCCCCGGGGGAUAGUUUGGGGGGGGGCGGACGAGGCAGGAGGGCGCAGCGGCUGCAUGAGUCAAGGCCAGGGCUGUUUCCCCCUGCUACCCAGGGCCCCAAGGCCGCUCUGUUUCUACUGUGCUUGCUCCUUUUUGGGAGGCUUUGGCUUAUGGAAAGACGUUUGGGAGACGGACACAACUACCCACCUUACUCCUCUUCUGACAGUAACAAUACUUCUGGCUCCAGCAGGCUGGAACUCAACGUGCUGCUGUGAAUCUUCCUCUUCGGGCUGGGUUCCUUUGCCGUGGCGGGUCUGGUCUCGGCCCUGUUUUUGGGGCGGAGAGGCUCCUCAGAACCCCGGACAUCUCCUUUCUCAACUCGGAAGCUUUCACCCCAGCUGACGGCCUCCUACGCGUGAUCCAAAUUGGGCAACUCUUCCUCUCGGCUUCGGGGGCCUUCGUUCUAGCGAGAGAAAAUUAGGCAGCUCUUAGGCGCGUCCGCCCUAGCAACACAAAAGACGUCUUGCCGCGUCAACUGGAUGGCAGCAGUGUCAUAGGUGUGUGUGUGUGUGUGUGUGUGUGUGUGUGUGUGUGAUUGGUUGUGUAGCCUCCAGUCUGGCCUGAAGGUGAGCAUGACAAAGAUACGAUUGGGAACCGGCUUUGAACGUUUAUGACCUGCCUGUCGGAUGUCUAGAUGCUGGGAUCCUUUCUCCGAUGCACAUUUCAUGUAUUGAGGCAGGGAAGGAGAUUCCUGGACAUACGAUCAUAACGUGGGAAUGUUUCGUUGGGACAAGGGGGAGCGGAGAGGCUAUAUUUUAAAACUCACAUACAGAAACGCUGGUGUCUCAGUGUUCAGACAGAGGAAUUCUUGCCGCAAAGAAACAUCUUUUUCAAAUAAGGGGAAAUGAUCAGGUGAAGCUAAAUCCAUUUGCUCUUGUUUCAAUGCCCUUUGAUGCGGAACCAAGUUGGAAAUGAAUUAUCUUCCGAGGGAUGCAUAUAUAGGUCUCCAAGCUUUAAGGCUUAGAAGAUAGAUUUGCUAUUGGGGAUUGCAUACAUUUUAAAAGGUUUUUUUUUUAAGUUUCAAUGUGAAAGCAAGUUUUCCUUGAAGUCCAAGCUUCUUUCCUUGAAGUCCAAGCUGUCUGUCUAAAUCGGGCGACCUGGUGCCCUUCAGAUGUUUUAGAUUACAACUCUCAGAAUCCUUUACCAUGGGCAGUGCUUCUGCAUUGUAGACCCAAGCAUCUGGUGGGCACAAGGUCACCCAUCUCUCAUCAACAUCAAAUUGGAUGCAAGAUCAAGGAGGAUUAUAGAAGCUAGGUGUGUUUGGGGUCCUACAUGGUGUCCUACUGAGAGGUACUUGAGGCAGUAACCCAGCCUGUUCUCAUGUUCUUCUGGUUUCCAGCUGAAGGUUUAAAUCGGGUUGGCAACUGUUUCAGCAUACCACUCCCAUACUCCUCUCCAUUGGCUGUGCUGCCUAGAGCUGAUGGAAGUUGUAGGCCAAAACAUUCUGGGUGGCCACAAGUUGCUCACCUGUCAUUUAAACGGACUCGCUUGAAAAUAAGACCGGACGCCUGUCCCUUGAACGGUUCCACGUUCGCCCGUGAUUUGCAAAAGGAAACAUACAGAGCUCUUUAUACAUGGGGUUGGUUUGUGUAUUUUUAGCAAGGUUAAUUCUGGACUGGGAUGACGGUGGAAAAAGCCUCAUCUGCAUGUACGCACGUUUUUCCGGCCUGUGUGUGUGUUGGGGAGAGGAAUUUGGAAGACCAUAUUCGAGGAGAAUGACUAGAAAUGCCAGAAUAGGGAUAGCAAGGGCUGGUGCGUCGUUCUCGGUGGGGUGGUUGUGUGGUGCCUAGGCUGUUACACCAUGUCAGAUGGCAGGCGGGGUGUGUGUGUGUGUGGUUACACAGGCUGGAAAGCGCCUCCAUCCCAAAUACUUCCUCCACAUCAGAGAGUAGGGGAGGCUUCUUGCUGGCCAUCCACUCUUCUACUACACAGCUAUGUGACACCUGCCCCCCCCCCCCCACCUGCUCUCUAAAACGGCACCACCCAAGCACAGAUUUACCACUUCAGUGAAGAGUAGCCCAGAAUUGGGACCCGAUGCUCGCAUUUCACUUUUGGCACUGUAAGGUCACUUUGCUGUGCGUCUUCUUUUCUUCCGCUUGUCGGACAAGCGCCUUGCAGUGAUCCCCAUGCUUAACCGUGCCCUUGGGAUCUGCCGUUGCUUUCCUUGCGCUGAUCCGUCAGGGCGCGUUUGGAAGAAAUAGUUGCUGCUCGGAACGGACAGGUGACUUUGCUGACAUGCCAAAAAUGACGCCGAAGGUUCGGGGCAGGAAGCGCAUUGAUUUUGCUGCCCUCCUGUUAUCCGUGGAACAACAAGGAAUCUUUCUCCUGAGAAAGGGCGGCGCAUGGAGUUUUCUUCUCUGCCUUGCAAACAAAAGAGGUUUCUUUAAAAAACAACAACACGCUUUUAAAGUUUCCCUUUUUCUUAACCAUAGAGCCUCUUACUGGCCUGAUACUGCAUGCAGUUUGGCUGGCACAAUGUCUCCAGUUCAGGGAUCUUUGCUGUAAUGCAGGGUAUUUUAAUCUCUGCGUGGGCACGGUAGCAGCCAUUGGGACCACGGGCCUAAUGCUGGCUCCCUCUUCCUCCUUCAGCACUUAACGUGCUUUUCUGCGCUCAUUAUUCUGCCCCACUCCUCCUAAAAGGCGUUACCCACAAUGAAGCCUUCCCCGAGAGCAGCAAAUUCCACAUGAAACGGGCACAGAACUCCUCAGACGUCAGCUUCUUCCAGUUGCCUUCCCCAAACGAGGGGAGAGAAAGCACUUAAAACCCUUAAUUUUGCACAGAAAGGGCUGAUUCCUCUGCUUGCUUUUUGUGUGUGUGUGUGUGUGUGUCUGUUUUUGGUGCAAGGAUGUGUCUGCUGCGUGGCACCUUUUCAUCCCAGUAGCGCACUGGAAAUGAUCGGCCGUUUGGUUUUCUGCCAUCUGCACUGGGGUGGAAGAGAACUUGUGUUGCUGCUCCUGAGAUUAUGGGGUUUACACCUGUGUAUAUGGGGUGGGGGGUGAAGGAAGCAGCUGUGGAAUCAGUCCAGAGAGCAAAACAAAAUUGGCGCUUUGGAGAGCCGGGUGUGGGAAGGUCGAGGUGAGGCAUUUCAUGCGUUAGCAGGUAGGAUUACAAGAAGCGGUAGAAAUUGCUGCUGCUCAGAUGUUACAUUCAUUCCCGCAUCUGCCUUUUGCUAUCUUGGGAUCAGGGAAGAUAUAAGUGGUUUGCAGCUACUGGAGCUGUUUAAAGCCUCAAAACUUUUUUUUAAUGAAAAUGUGAGUUUUUUUAAAAAAAAUAUCUCUGAGUCUCUUUUGAAGCAAUGGCUGUGUUCAGAAGACACCUUUAACCACGGCGAAUAAAGCAAAAAUCCUUAUUCACCGUGGUUUAAGGUGUCUUCUGAACACAGCCAUUGCUUGUAUUUAGGUCCAAUAUGUAAAAGGAAGGGUAGGGCUUUUUUUUAAAAAAAAAAUGGAGACUAUUUUUAAAAAGCAUUUCUUAAAAAAAAAGAAACACCCGACAACUAGUGCAAGUCUAAUUUAUCUAUCCUCUGUCAUUUCCAUUUCAUGAAGUGGAUACCUGUGAAAGAAGUCGAAGAAGUGCCUUUUAAUUUGCCCAGCUUAUUUAUAGCGAGUCCUAGAGUCCUGUGCAGAAAUGUUAAAAGGUCUGAGUGGGAGAGAGGGGGGGGGGAUACUUGAAAAAAUAUUUUGUUUCAAAUGUUGGGGUCCUUCAUGCAAAAGAAGAAGAAGAAGAACUUAAGGGGACAUUAGUAAUUCAUUGAAUUUAGGGUGGCGGCGACGGACAAGGAGUCUGGAAAAAGAUGUUCCAAUCCUUGACUGUUUUGGUGUGCGUGGAAAAGAGGAAGGGAGCAGAAUCCACAUGCUGUGUGAUUUGCAGGCAUUCAGAAAGGAUGGCCUACUUUUUUUAGUUAAUGAUCUGCAACUUCCGAAGUAGGCCCGUGCACUCUUUUGCAAUUGGGUCUAGAUCCAGGGUGUUCCAAGCGUGUUGCCCAACUCCACCGGAGAGACCAUACUUGAAACGAGCUUGCCGUAGGUCGGUGGAUGUGCGGUGCGUGCGAAUGCUGUGCUGUUCUUAAACCCGCCUCAUCGCUGUGGUUAAACCUGCCGCAAUGCCCGCCGUGCGGUUUGACGCCACGUGCUCAAACUUAGGAUUGCCCUCUUGGGGUACGAGCGUGGUGAGAGCCUGUGUGGGUGAGGCGUUGGGCUGGGUGGGUUAUACACGAACUUGUGAUAGUGUACGCCUGUGGGGCCUGCCCACUUCCUGCCCAGUACAGCUGAAGAAUUUUAAGGUCUUGGUUUUCGUGUCCACACUGGCCUUUACCUAGAUGACCCUGGAUCCAUCCCUUCAACUGUGAAUGCUGUGCUGAGCUUAACCCCCAACCUCUCUCCUGGAUUAAACCAAACGGGACGGGAGCAAACGGGGAGUUGGAAUUCCACCGUUGUACUUGAAGUUACCUUUAGGGGAAGGCAGCCGCCGUAAGCUGUUUCUUUACAGAUGUGUUGGAAAGGCCGGGCUGGCUGAGCAUGAUGGGAGGUGCAGUCCCAACACAGCUGUAGAGAACCAACUUGCGGAGGCUGGAAAUAAGGCUUUAGUGUCUCAAAACCUGCAUUUCCUGAGCCAGCUCCACCUCCAGGAGCAGAUCUCUGGGAUGGGGCAGGGGAGGGGGGGCAGUUUUUCCUGUAAACCAUUCAAAUGAAGAGCAUUAAACCUGCUCCGUUGGUGGGAGCAGGAGGUUCUGGACCCUGGGUAGUUGUGCGCUGCUGGGUGUUGCAAGAUGGAUACGCGCUUUGUUUGGUUUGUACACUUGUGCUUAAUCAGAUGUGCUUUUUUCUUGAACAUGACUUUCGUUGUUAAACCACCCUUUUGUUUCCUGCGCCGUCGUGUGUGAUCAGGGAGCGAAUAAACUACUAGGUUGUGAAAAGCA